AUGACAACAGAACUCUGGGAACAAUUUCAACAAAAUACCCAAAAUACUACUUCUCAAAUUACAGAAGAAAUAGCAAAUACACUUUCAAUUAAUCAACUUUGGCAUCAAAUUAAUACAGCAAUUACCAAAUCAGCAAAAUCAUAUAUACCUUUCUUACAGCGAUCACAAAAACAGCACAACACUUUCUCACCUAAAGUAACCAAAAUGCAUACUGCACUAAACUUAUGUGGUAGCAUACUUCAUACUUUGGACACAUUUCAAGAUCCAACAAUACCAUAUAUUGCAACUGUUAAUCCAAACCCAUUCAUGACCAACAAUAACAUACUCUUACGUGGAGCAUAG